AUGGAACUUAUCGCUGGUCAUGUGUUAUUUAGACAUGGAGAUCGAACACCUAUCUCAACAUAUCCAACAGAUCCAAUGAAAGAAAAAGAUUGGCCUAAUGGUUUUGGUCAAUUAACAACUGCUGGUAUUGAACAACAUCAUCGUCUCGGAAAAUACCUUCGUCAUCGUUAUGGAUCAAUCCUUAGUAAGAAUUAUGUUGCUAAUGAAAUUUACAUUCGUUCAAGUGAUUAUGAUCGAACAUUAAUGUCAGCUCAAUCAAAUCUUAUUGGUCUUUAUCCAUUGUACAAUAUCUCGGAUGACAAAAUUCCAAUUCAACCUAUUCCAAUUCAUACUACAUUAGAAAGUCAAGAUUUUUUGCUCGGUCUCAAUGAUUGUCCGCGAUAUGAUCAAGUUGAAAACGAAGUUUAUCAAUCUGAUGAAUUCAAAAAUAUGAAUACAUAUUAUGAACCUUUUUUUAAAAACCUUGAAAUAUGGACAAAUUUAACUAAUAUGUCUAUGUAUCAUAGUUGGGGUAUCGCUGAUACAAUUUUUAUUGAACAUAUUUAUAAUAAAACACCAGAAUGGGCUGAUGAAAAUGUUCAAAAAAAUUUAACCAUUAUUAGUGAUCUUUCAUAUCAUUUUCUUUAUUCAAAUAAUGAUAGUAAACGAAUUCGAGGAGGUCCACUGAUACAAGACAUAUGGAUGAAUAUGAAUAGUUCAAUUCACGGGCAAACUUAUCGAAAACUUAAAAUGUAUUCAGCUCAUGAUACAACAGUUAGUGCGGCUCUCGCUUUUCUUGGUAUUAAUUAUCCACAUUCACCAGCAUAUGCAUCGGCGUUAUUUCUUGAUCUUUAUAAACAAAAUUCAAACUAUUAUAUUAAAGUCGAAUAUUUAAAUGUAACAGAUUCCAAUAAACCUUAUCCGUAUCUAUUAGAUGGUUGUCCAUCAUUGGAAUGUCCGUUAGAUACAUUUACGGCUAUAUAUCAAACUCGUUUUCCGUUAAGUGCUGAAGUUGAAUGUGCGAAAAAAGGUCCACCUACUCCGUCAAAUGAUGGAAAUAAUAAGAUGACUAUUAUUUUGAGUGUUUUUGCUUUUGGUCUUGGCAUUAUUAUCAUUGUAAUAUUUGGAUAUUUCUAUAUACGAAGAAAAGAACGGCAUUCACCUCUUCUAACUACUGAAUCCUUUUCACAAAUAGCUUAA